AUGGACUGCUUGUCAAAGAAAUUCCAGCGCUCAAAGAGUGAGAAGGAGAUACAAUUUAAACUAGACGGAUUAUUGAAGAAUAGACCUGAUUAUAUACAAGUGCGUCAGAAUGGUCAACGAAUUUUUUCGCAUAAAUAUUAUGUGGACAGACCGACCCGUAGAAAUUGCGAAGUUUUCGUUGGUAAUUUGGCAAAAUCGUGUUAUGAAGAUGAGUUAAUUCCACUGCUUGAACAAGCUGGGCAAUUGUGUCAGUUUAGAUUAAUGCUAGAUUUUAUGAAUAAAACUAGAGGAUUUGCCUUCGCUUCGUAUUUUACACCUGAAGAAGCAGAUAACGCAAUAUAUUUGCUAAAUGGCGUACCACUGAGAUCAGGAUUGAAAAUCAUCGUUUCAAAAUCCGUGGACAAUUGCAAGCUUUUCGUGGGAAAUAUACCAACAGAUAAAUCGGCAGAUGAAUUAUUUGAAGCAAUAAGGUACGCAGUGGACGGUGUCAUGGAUGUAAUUAUGUAUCCAGAUGAUUUUGAGCCCAAUAAAAAUCGAGGAUUUGCGUUUGUUGAGUUUGUGACGCACAAAAAAGCAAGCUUGGCCCGCAGGCAGUUGACGCCCCAUAAUCUGAUCCUGUGGAACCGGGAGCUGUACGUGAACUGGUCAGAACCAAUCCCGGACGUGAAUAGUGAAAUAAUGGCGACCGUAAAGAGUUUAGUUGGUAAAAUUUUAGGUAACCAUAAGCUUGUGCUACAUCAACAGCUGGAUCACUUCCUGGACAAUGAACUAGGACACCAAACUCAGCAUUGGACCAUACUGCAUUUGCAUGACACAUUUAUUAACAAAUCAGAAAGUCUUGUACGCAGGCCACCACUUUUUGAUCCUGUGGAACCAGAAGCUGUAUGUGAACUGGUCAGAGCCAAUCCCGGACGUGAAUAG